AUGGACCACCAGUCAAAGGAGGAAGCCAUCAUUCGUGAUGCUAUGGCCCCGGAUGUAGUGGAGGCGGUCGUCGGCGGACUCCGCACACCGAAGUUCGUGGAUGGAUCCAAGCAAGAAGCCGCCGUCCGCGAUGCUGCUUCUACCUCGGCGGAUACAGUGGAGACAGGCACACAGAACAACGCAAUGAUCUUCUGGGACGAUGUAGACGAGGAUGACUACUGGGUUCAGCAGGAGGAUUUGGAUGCUCCCCUGGAUGUGGAUGUGGCACAGGUCGUCAAUCCUUGGCUAGACUUCCUCAUGGCCACAGUCGCACCCGAAACGGCGGCACUCCUCCCGUCCUCCGCACCAUUCAUGCCAACACCAACAUUUUCAACGUUGGCGCCCAUGUCAACGCCAACAACCAGCUUGCUGCCAGACAAGGACCGGAGCAUCAGCGACAGCGAGGCCGAGUACUCCUGUCAAGUCCGAGGCACCACCAAAGGAGGAACACUGCGGCCAGAAGCGUCCCUCUGCCGGCGAAGACGGACGCGAGCUGACCCUGGAAGACUACUGCAAGAUAUGGGGCCUCCACCCGUCCGAGCUGGACCCAGACAAACCUGGCCCGUCGACGAAGAGGCAGAGCAGGGUGCCCCUCUCGCGGACGACGAGGUCGCCAAGUUCGACUGCAGCAUCUGCCUGGAGACGCUCCCCAUCCUGGACCUCUUCCACGGCAUGCAGUGCGACCACAAGUUCUGCGCGCAGUGCAUGGCCACAUACAUCGAGGGCAGGAUCCGCGACGGCGGCGUGUCCAUCCUGUGCCCCGACCCGGCGUGCAAGGAAGCUGCCGGAGAGGGCAACAACGGCGGCGUCCUGAACCCGGAGCACUGCAAGAAGUCCAUCGACUUCGCCGCCUUCUGCAGCUGGGGUGACCGGCUCACCGAGAAGGCCAUCCCGCAGGACCAGCGCGUCUACUGCCCGAACCCCAGGUGCGGGCUCAUGCUUGAGAGGACCUUCGGCGCCAAUAAGCAGGCACCGUGCAAGGCGUCGUGCCCGGCGUGCAACCACCCCAUGUGCACGACGUGUGGCUUGGGCUGGGUCAUCGAUGGCCGUGAUGAUGACCACCACGACUGUGACGAGGGGAAAGGGGCAGCGCUCGUCAAGGAGCUUGCCGCCCAGCACCGCUGGAAGCAGUGCCCCAGUUGUAAGAUUGUGGUCGAGAAGAUCAUGGGGUGCGAUACUAUGCACUGCAGAUGUUAG